AUGAAUUUAAUCGAGCAGGCCAAGAACUACGUGGCGGAGAAGGUUGCAAACAUGCCGAUGCCGGAGGCGACGAUAAUCGACGUCGAUCUGAAGGGAUUCGGCCUCGACGGCAUCACUCUCCUCGCCAAAGUCUCCGUCUCCAAUCCCUACUCCGUCCCGAUCCCGAUCGGCGAGAUCGCCUACGUCGUCAAGAGCGCCGGCCGGGAGAUCGCGUCCGGCACGAUCCCCGAUCCCGGAUCCCUCAAGGCCGACGACAAGACGAUGCUCGACGUCACCGUCAAGGCGCCGCACAGCGCCGUCGUCAGCCUCGUCCGCGACAUCGGCGGCGAUUGGGACAUCGAUUACCUCCUGGAGCUAGGGCUCAUCAUCGAUCUGCCGCUCGUCGGGAACAUCACGAUCCCGAUCUCGUACAAGGGCGAGAUGAAGCUCCCCACGAUCUCCGACUUCUUUGGAGGGGGUAAAUCGUCUGCCGCGGAUGACAAGGCUAAUUGA